AUGGGGUCUGAUGACGAGAGCCCAAACUGCUCAAUUUCCGAGUUGGCCGGGAAACUGGCCAACUUUGAAAGCGAGCUGACAGCGACGCUGAAAGAGAUUCCGAACCGAAUCAAUAAAUCAGACGUCAAAUUCGAAAUGACCGUGAAGAAAUUCGAGCAGGACAAACUGACCACGAUGAAGUACCUGGACGUCAGGCUUGGCGAACUGAAAACACAAAUUCUGACGGAGGUCUACGCGAAAUUCGCGGACGUGAUUCAGAGCAACGAAAAGCUCAACAUCGGCCGCCAGCAGACGAUGCAGAACCUGGAAAGCCGCAUUUCGCUGAGACUGGAACCUUUAGUGGCCAACGUGGAGAGGAAAAUGGCCGAUUUCAUGGAUAAUUUGGCCAACGUGAGCACCAGCGACUCGAAUAAAAUCAUUUCCGUGCCCAACGACAACAAUAUCAGCAAUGUGGACGAGAUUGUCGAAAGCUUGAACUCGACGCUGCUGACGAUAGUGCACAAGUAUUUCUCGGAUCGAGAGGCAAAGGAGGCCGAGCACGACCGUCGCGUCGAGGAAUCGAUUGAAAACUUUGAUGAAAAGAUUACCAAUCUCGUUGCUCCGAUCGCGCUGGACGUCAAGUCGAACGCGCUGAGAAUCAGCAGACGGAUCGAGCAGCUGGACCAGGACUGGAAGGAGCGCGGAGACGAAAUCGAGACUUUGCUCAGGCAAACGACCGAGUCCUUAAAAAAGAUGGAAAACAAGCUUUUGUCUGAAUGUUCCAAGUCAGGUCGACUGAACAUCACGACGAUUGCCACUGGCCGUUAUUACUUCAGCACCGUCGAGGUGAGCUGGUUCCGCGCUAAGGAUUUCUGCGAGAGGUUUGGAAUGCAACUCGCCACGAUUGAAACCGACGAAGAGCGCCGAGCCCUUCACGUCGUCGCCCCCAUUAAGAACGAUUACUACUGGCUGUCCGGAAGCGACAUCGGAAACCUGCCCGGACACUUCAACUGGGUGUCCGAGGAGCAGGUGGAGGACACGUGGUGGGCCAACGGCCAGCCGAACGACUUCGGCGAGGGCAAGGAGACCUGCGUCGAGCUGUUCACCAACAACGGCCUGCUGAUCGACUACAAGUGCAGCGACGACGACUACUUCAUCUGCGAACUCAACCCUGAGUGCGAGAUCUACAACGUGCAGCUGCCAGAAAACACGCAUUAAUAAACACACCUCGGAUUUAUU